GAGAAGGAGACACCGACAACGUUUAGAAAUGUCCAGAUUAAGUGUAGCCAGUUUUUGUCACUGUGGAUUCCUCACGUACCUUGUGCUGUUCUCUUUUUACAUUCCAAUAACGUCCUCAGUGAGCCUGGACUUGACAGAACUAAGAAACAAAGUUGCAAAGAUCAAAGUUAACCCGAGAGGAAAUUUAUGGGCAACAGGUCAUUUUAUGGGGAAGAAAAGUGUCGUGGACAGCGAACGCUUGCCGCCCGAGGACGACUCCACGAUGAAAGCCUUCGAGGCUGCUCUGAAUCCCCAGCAGGUUGAGCCCGUGGACCUCUACCAGGAGAUGCUGCGGAUCGCGCUUCAAGCACACCUCGACUUGCCGGAGAUCCGCCAUAAAGUUCCGGAGACUGCAAUAUUAAUGAAGAUAUUAGAAAGCUACAUCCAAGACAAUAAAAAAAUGAUGAUGACUUCCAUUGCCUGAAAUCUUCAAAGGUUCAAUUCACAUGGAAUUUGUAAUUGCUUUUUCAUCAACUGUAAUUUGCUUCUUAACUAAGUCUAUUAACUAACCACCUCCAUGUCACAAGAAAUGCAACAAGUUACUUGUAUAUUUAUUUUUAGAGGAUGUCCAGAAUUGUAUUUUUUUUCAAUAAUUUGUAUUAAAUAAAGACUAAAUUAGUGAAGUCAGUUGCUCCUGCAUGCAACUACAAUGCAAAAA